AUGCAUUUCCGGGAGAAUUCUUCACGUCAGGGCGGGACUUCCGGCCUCCUCCUAGUGGCGGCCAUUUUAACUGCCCUGGGUCUGUUCUGCCUACGGGGCACCGGGGUGACGGGACUGAAAAAGCGCGAGAGGAGGCGCUGUCCGCGCGCCACAGAUGCGGGUCUGAGGUUCGGCGACACCGCCCGGAGUGCCCCGCGUCAGGCCCGGGAGACGGACCGCCGUGCCCGCGUCCCACCACCUCUAUCGCCGCUCCCGGCCCCGCUCCGCCCACGGACUGCUAUGGCGUCUGCGGCGGCGGCGCUGAGGGACCCGCCUCAGGAUAGUAUGACCUUUGAAGACAUUGCCGUGUACUUUUCGUGGGAGGAAUGGAGGCUCCUUGAUGAGGUUCAGAGGCACUUGUACCAUGAUGUGAUGCUGGAAAACUUUACACUCAUAUCCUCACUGGGUUGCUGCUGUGGAGCAGAGGAUGCAGAAGCACCCUUUCAACGAAGCAUUUCUAUAAGCAUGUCACAGGCCAGGACUCCCAGGGCAAGCUCAUUUUCCCAGAAGAGCCACCCCUGUAAGAAGUGUAGUCUGGUCUUGAGAGGUAUUUUUCACUUGGCUGAGCAUGAAGAAACACAACACAGCCAGAAAGUGUUCGGGUGUAGAAUAUGUAUGAAACGAUUUCAUUUUAGUGCAAACCUCCAAAAACACCAGAAGCAGCAUAUGGAAGAGAAAUCCUUCAGAAAUGCUGUAGUCAGGGCCUUGUUUGUGAAGAGCUUCAAAUACCAUGUGUCAAGGAAGCCCUUUACCUGUGAGGAAGUUGGGAAAGACUUUCUGGCCACCUUGGGACAUCUCCAGCCACAGACCACUCACACCAGGGAGAAGCCAAACAAGAUUGCCCAGCGUGAGGCAACUUUACAAAGCAGAGAAAGUCAUUACAGCCGGGGAGAAUGCAAGAAAGCCUUCAGCCCGAAACAUGCACUUGUUCAGGACCAGGGUGUCCACCCUGGAAGACAUUGUUUUGUGUGCAGUGAAUGUGGGAAGACAUUCAGGUACAAAUCCUCAUUUGUUGUGCACCAGAGAGUGCAUACUGGAGAAAGGCUUCAUGUGUGUCGUGAAUGUGGAAAAUCUUUCAGGCGAACCUCAACCCUCAAUCUGCAUUGAAGAAUUCAUACUGGGGCAAGGCAGUACAAGUGCAGCAAAUGUGGGAAAUCCUUUAACCAAAACUUUGUCCUUAGUUAUCCCUGGAGAAGUCACAUUGGAGAAAAUUGUUACCUGUGCAGUGAAUGUGCACAGUCUUUGAGCCGCAGAUCCAUCAUAGUUCGAGAACGGACAGUUCACACUGGAGAAAGGCGUUAUGAGUGUACUCAAUGUGGAAUAUCUUUUAGACGAAAAUUUUACCUCAUUGUACACUGGAGAGUUCACACAGGAGAAAGGCCUUAUGAUUGCAGUGAGUGUGGGAACUCUUUUACCAAUAGCUUGGUGCUCGUCCUACACCAGUGAGUACAUAAAGGGGAAAGGCCUUUUGCUUGCAGUGAAUGUGGGAAAUCUUUUACCAAUAGCUCGAUACUCAUUCUCCACCGGAGAGUUCACACAGGAAAAAGACCUUAUGAGUACAGUGAGUGUUGGAAAUCCUUUAGUCAUCAGUCUUACCUCACUCAACACUGGAAAGUUCAUAGUGGAAAAAGGCCUUACGAAUGCAGUGAAUGUGGGAAAUCUUUUAUGUCUCACCGUGGCCUCCAUUAUCAUCAGAGAGUUCACACUGGAUCAAGGCUUUAUGAAUGUAGUGAAUGUGGGAAAUCUUUUACGUCUCGCCCCGGCUUCCAUUAUCAUCACAGAGUUCACAGUGGAUCCAGGCCUUAUGAAUGUAGUGAAUGCGGGAAGUCUUUUACCUCUCAUUCUGGCCUUCGUUAUCAUCAGAGAUUUCACACAGGAGAAAGGCCUUAUGAGUGCAGUGAGUGCAGAAAAUGUUUUACCUCCAGCUCUGCCCUGUGUUAUCAUCAGAAGACUCAUGCUGGAGAUAGGCCUUAUGAGUGCACUAUAUGUGGGAAAUGUUUUUCCUCUGGUUCCACCCUCUGUUAUCAUCAGAGAGUUUACACAGGAGAAAGGCCUUAUGUGUGUAGUGAAUGUGGGAAAUCUUUUUCCUCUAAUUCCAACCUCAGUAAUCAAAAGAGAAUUCACACAGGAGAAAGGCUUAUGUGUGCAGUGAAUGUGGGAAAUCCUU